UAACAACAACAUGGCGGCUACCAUGAAAUGGAAGCGUGUAACAAAUUCUACUGGCCCUGUGCCGCGGCCAAGACAUGGCCAUCGAGCCGUAGCAAUAAGAGAACUUAUGGUCGUAUUUGGUGGUGGAAAUGAGGGAAUUGUGGACGAGCUUCACGUGUAUAACACAGCGACGAAUCAAUGGUUUGUUCCUGCUGUGCGAGGAGAUAUUCCGCCGGGUUGUGCUGCGUACGGAUUUAUCGCUGAUGGAACACGACUAAUUAUAUUCGGAGGAAUGGUUGAGUACGGAAGAUAUUCUAAUGAGAUGUAUGAACUUCAAGCAAGUAGGUGGGAAUGGAAGAAACUCAAACCAAAGGCACCUAAACCUCCAGGAGGACACCCCUGUCCUCGCCUUGGACACAGUUUUACAGCUGUUGGUCACAAAGCAUAUUUGUUUGCUGGUCUGGCUAAUGACAGUGAUGACCCAAAGAACAACAUCCCCAGGUAUUUGAAUGAUCUUUAUGUUAUUGAUAUACGGACAAGCAGUAACCUACAGUGGGAGAUGCCUGCAACAUUUGGCAUGACUCCCUCUCCAAGAGAGUCACACACAUGUGUUGCCACUUCUGAUUCAGACAACAAGAGACCCAGGCUUAUUGUCUAUGGUGGAAUGAGUGGCUGCCGCUUAGGUGAUCUGCACCAAUUAGACAUUGACACAAUGACAUGGUCAAAACCAGCCAUCAAUAAUGCCAUUCCUCUUCCUAGAAGUCUUCACUCAGCAACCACCAUUGGGAAUAGGAUGUUUGUGUUUGGGGGCUGGGUUCCUCUUGUGAUGGAUGAAGUGAAAGGGCGACAAGAUGAGAAAGAAUGGAAAUGCACUAAUUCCUUGGCAUGCUUAAAUUUAGAAACAAUGACUUGGGAGAAUGUAGUAAUGGAUCAGUAUGACGACUCCAUACCAAGAGCAAGGGCUGGACACUGUAGUGUAGCUAUUAAUACCAGGUUAUAUUUGUGGAGUGGUCGAGAUGGCUACAGAAAAGCGUGGAAUAAUCAGGUGUGCUGCAAAGAUUUGUGGUAUCUUGAAACAGAAAAACCACCUGCUCCAAGUCGCGUGCAGUUGGUCCGAGCGAGCACCACCACCUUGGAAGUUUGUUGGGGAUCUGUACCAACUGCGGAUGCCUAUUUACUGCAGUUACAGAAGUAUGAGCUUCCUCCAACGCCACCUGCGACACCAGUCAAAGCACCUUUUACACCAAGUGGGUCUGGAAGUCCUGCAUUGAUGAAAACACCUGUGCCAGGAGGAAGCCCUUCAGCAGGAGUUGUGAAGGCUUCACCACCAAAUGGAAAGAUCGCAUCUUCACCUUCUGUCACGCCUACACCAGUUAAUCAAGUUGGAAACCCUAAAGUCGUUAUGCAGUCACCUUCACAGCCUCCUAAGGCACAAGCUCCGUCUGCUACACCAGCUGGGAAGCCUGUGACUGUUGCACAGAAGAUGAGCCCAGCUGCCAGUCCUGCGGCAGGUGUAAUGAAGGCCUCUGUAGCUCUGUCUACAGUCUCUACAACGGGACAAUCUGCAGCAACAGCCGCCACUACAGUGGCAUCUGGUACCAAGACAGCCAUACAGGGUCAGGCUGCCAAUCAAGCACUGCCAGCUUCCACACUAACUAAUCAGGGGCUGACAUUGUUAAGAGCCCCAGUCCAACUUCCGCCCGGUGUCCAAGCUACCAUGAUCACGAAUGCUCAGGGUAUCCCCGUAAUGCGUCUUCAAGGAGCAGGAAUUCAAGGAACGGCACCAGUUACGUUGGUCACUUCUCAAGUGGGUGCAACGCAGCUACAAGGUGCAACCAUUGUCCGUAUGGCUACACCUAUCGCUGGUGCUGCAGCUGCCGGAACAACAACUGGAACAGUUUUGAGAUUGCCUGUGCAAAGUGGAGGGACCAGUGUACAAGGAACAGCAGUGCUCAAGAUUCCAGUCACCUCAUCUAUACAGAUGCCUGGUGCGGCUGGGCUGACCUUCACUGCUAUGGCGGGAACCACUGGACAAGCUGCUGUAAUAAAACAGCAGCUUCCAGUCACAGUUCCUACAAACCUACCCCCGGGUACUCAAUUGAAGGUUGGUCCUCAGGGCCAGCUGACUGCAGUUGGACCGGGUGGUAUUCCUGUGCAGCUGACCUUGCAAAAUGUGAAGGGGCAAGUGGCUCAAGGAGCUACGCUUACGACACCGACAGUUCUCCAACUAGCCGGCUCUUCACCAGUGAAGGUUACAAACACAUCCCAACUGGUGUCUUCUUCCAUAUCUCCUCAGAAAGUCACAUCAUCGACCCAGAGUUCAACUGCAGUCGGCAGGCUUCCAAUAACUACCACCAAUGUGGUGUCCAGUGCCAAAACAGUGGUGACUGCUACAGCUAGUGCUACUCCUUCUGCAGCUGUAGCUGAAAAGAUUGUGGCUGUUAGUAAGGUGACUUCAUCACCAGUGGUGUCGUCCACUUCUGGACCUACCUCUGCUCAAGCCUCCAAAGGUCUUGAACAAAAAACGUUAGCGACGGCUUCCGCCACACAGAAUCUUACGAUGGGUAAUCUACCAAUCAGCAAACAAGUUACCCCAGUAUCAACACAGGCUGGGAAAGUAACAGUGGUGGCGAGUAGCAGUGCUUCGGGAAUAGUAACAACGGCAGUGUCCGCAGCAACCAUUACAUCCUCGCCAAUCAAAGCUCGAACGUUAACGACGGUGGCAUCUCGUGGUACUGUAGCAUCUACUGCAGUUACAUCAAGUGUGCAGCCUGUAAAGACAACAGUAUCAGUCAGCGCCACCGUACCCAAACCUGCAACCCCAACAGUAAUAGCAACGGUUACAACGCCAACACCAGUCCUGUCUGCUGCCAGUGUGGCAAGAGUGACAUCCGCUCAAUCCACAGCGCCAUCCACUUCAACGCAGUUGUCCAGAACAGCAAGUGUGUCCACUGCAGGGUUAGUGAAGUCAACAGCUGGCAUUGUUAAAGCAACAGCAGUUACUGGGACGCCGGUGGUUUCAGCAGUGUCGACCCCUCUUGUGUCUACGUCAGUGUCCAGUAGUACUCCUGUGGCCGUUGUGUCCCCACUGGUGUCAUCCACAAGGCCUGGUGCGACUGUGGCAGCAGCCUCUCCCGCCAAAAUGACGACAGCAUCGCCUGCAACGGCCAGCACCAAACCGUCACAAGUCAGCUCUGCUUUUACACCGACGGUGAACGGUGGAGUCGGUGCAACGACUUAUCGAUCAGCGACACCGACCACAAUAACAAAGGUACAAAGACCAGCCAAGCCAACGUAUACAAGGAAACUGCAGCCCUCGAAUCAAUGGUAUGAUGUGGGAAUCGUCAAGGGAAUCUCUAUGAUGGUGACGCAUUAUUAUUUAUCGAACGAUAGCACAAGUAACGAGGGAAAUCUUGACGUCGAAAGCAGCUCCGAACAAAGUGUAAAGAAACAGGAACUUUUACCAGGGACAGCUUACAAAUUCCGUGUGGCGGCCAUCAAUGCGUGUGGUAGAGGGCCAUUUAGUGAUGUGUCAGCUUUUAAAACGUGUCUGCCAGGUUUCCCUGGAGCCCCGUCAGCUAUUAAAAUCAGCAAGAAUGCAGAGGGUGCCCAUCUAUCGUGGGAAGCUCCGUCCAAUACGGCGGGUAACGUGAGCGAAUACUCCGUGUAUCUGGCCAUACGCAGUCAGUCAGCCAAUCCGUCAGACGAGAAGCCAGUGGCCGGUUUAACUUCCUCUACAAGCUCCACCCCAGUCCAGCUCGCCUUUGUACGCGUUUAUUGUGGUGCCCAACCCACUUGCACAGUCAGCACGGCAACUCUUCAAAGCGCGCAUAUCGACUUCUCCACCAAGCCCGCUAUUAUCUUCAGAAUUGCUGCCAAGAAUGAUAAAGGCUAUGGUCCGGCAACACAAGUGAGAUGGCUUCAAGAUGUGAGAGACUUGAAAGAUGGCCAACUUGCGGUCAAGACAACAACGAAACGGUCAGCCGCAGAUAGUAGCCGCUCAGCAGAUUCGUCCAAGAGGGCCAAGAAAGAAAAAGAGAAAAAGGAAGAAAAGGUGAAAAAAGAGAAAGAUACUGAAAAAGAAAAAGAUGCAUCACAAAGCGACGCCGCCAUGACAAAAGAAACAAAAGAAUCAUAAUAUAAAUACCUUGCACAGACAGAGAUACAAUUAUUUUAUUCAGAAAACUCGUCUCAAUAGUGAACUUUCUCGGUGGUAAAGCAGGCAGGCCAUUUCUUACCGUGGUGAGUUUUUUGUUGUUGUUGUCAAUCCAUUAAACCCAGACUCUAGUGAAGGUAAUUACUCUCCAACAGACAGAACAGGCGCAAUUUUUCUCGAGUCCAGGCACGAGUCACACGCGAGGGGAAAGAGCUCCUUCUCUCGCGCUCGAACUCGCCCUCUGAGUUUUCCCCGCUUCGGCCUUCAUUCUCCCGCAAAACGCUGAAAAGAUGCGCUCAUUCUGCCGGUUUGUUUUUGGUUUACACCAAAGCGAAUAGCAUCCAGUUGAAUUUAAAAGCGAAAAAAUACUUUAUUGUGUUGGAUAUAAUUUAAAAAUGGAAAUAAGAGAGUUAAAUUCUGCGGUUUGGUGGCGAAAAAGUUUUCAGUGUAUCUUUAUCACGGUGUAGGGAUUUGUUUUGUCUGUUUUGCUGCCGAGAACGUACCGUUUAUUUUAUCGUACAGAGGAAUUCGUAUAUUACCGUCUUAGGUUGCCUUUAGUUGGGCUUCGUAACGCAAAUGUGGGAUGUAUAAGGGGAACAUUCUGAAAGUAUAUUGAUUUGUUUCUUUUCCCACAAUCCAAUUGGGGGGCUCGGUCACUUAGAUUUUGCCUACGUACGUCGGAGCCAACAAUUGUCAGUGGCUUGAGUUGUUUUCUUUUGGUACCUCAUGAACUCGGGUUUUCCGGAGUAGGUAGCUUAGGCAACAAUGACGGUGACGCCUUACAGUGGAAGUGGUCUGUCUCUUUUGAACCCCUUUAGUGAGUAAAUAUGUUUACUGUGCCUUAUGCAUCAGGUCUAUCCAUCAGGUUUGAGCACGCUACCCAACCGCAGGUCGCCGCAAAAAAUUUCGAAGGCAAGUUGUAACGACAGUUCCCUUCGUUUCAAAUUGAAAUUUGUUGAAAAAAAGAGUUGUCUGUGCGACCACAAUUUUUGUCCCCGAAGCAAGUCGCAUGAAUUCAAGGUGUCCUUUGCAGAGAUUGAUUAAGUCCGUGCGAUUUGUUGUAGAAGCAGCUCACUCUAUUAGUAAAAGAGACCUAAAGAGGCAGCUGUUGGUCUGUGAUGGAAGAAGUCCAGUUCUGUAGAAAACCGUACCGUUGUUAUUCAGGUUGAUGAUGCCGAAAGUCUCACUUGUUUUUUGCCGAUUACGUUUAAAUCAUUUGUUUUUACCACUUUAUUGUCGCCGUGGUGUUGCUUAAGAUCCCUAAUAGAUCCAUUUUCAGUUUUUUCCUUUCUCUUACGAUUGGAUUUGCUGAUUAUUUUGGUUUUGGAUUACGACACGUAAUUGAAAUGCACUCGAAAGUUUUCUCGGGAUUUCCGGGUCUUAAAACUAGACACAAGCUUACAAUGUCAAGCGAUUGGUGACUUGCUUCAUACCUUGCAUUGCGGUGUGUUCUUGUUCGAAUACUAAGGGAAAGAAAUAACUGCAAACUUGUUGUCUUCGGGGGAAUCUUAAUCCCAAGGGAUUUUGCCAUAGAAUAAUCUCAAGUAUCCCUAGGGAUUGCCCAAGGGAUCACGUUGAGCAUUAAAUGUCCUAUCAGUUUUAAUCUCUAUUUUUUGUGAAAAGAUAAUUUUUUUCCUUAUGGAAGGAAACCUGUGGGCUCGCAUCCUUGUUGUACAGUGUGUUACCUUAUUCAAAGAGCUUCUCAACCUCUUACCUCCCAAGAUCUGAUUUGCAGUUCUCCUUACCAGUGUCUAUACAUUUACUUGUCGAUAAGUAAGGAGAAUUUGGUGCUCUAUCAAGGUAACGCUCCUAAGCUCUCAGUUCGUGUAUUCUGUUCGUGUAUUUUGAAAGAAUUGACUUCUUAAUCUCUUCCGGGAGAUAAACGGUUAAAGCUAUUAGCGAUUCGGAAAGUUUAACUGUAAAUAUGUAUACCUUGAAGUUCUUGCAGUAUCGUGGCAGAACAAACCAUUUUAAUGAUUCCAUAUUAGUCAGUGCACUCAUAAUUUAUUUUAAUGUAGUUAUUUAACUCGAUGACGGAUUUAACGGUGUAGUGCUAUACGUGUCUUGAAGUACAUUUAAUAUGAAAAGAGAGAUCAGUUCAGUUUGUACACUUGAAAAGUUAGAGAAGGCCAUGGAAAACUUUUUAGUCUGGGGAUUUUGUAAGAAGAAAAGUAUUAAGUGUAAAUGCAUUUACCUAUAUUCAAAGACAGUCGCUUCGGAUUAAAGAGCGAAACUUCCGGACAAAGUA